CCCCGUGCAUUCAUGCUCCUCCACACCACUGAUGUCAACAAUGUCGAGCUGUCAGUGGUGAGGCGCGUCGUAGCUUCAAGGGUGUGCGCGCUCUCGACACAGCAGGAAAUAUGGCGGCGCUCAUGACUCUCACCCAGUUAUCGAGUGGAAACCCAGUUUACGAAGUCUACUACAGACAGGUGGAUCUGGGAGACACUGGGACAGUAGGAGCUGCAGAUGCUGCUCAGUUCCUGAAGAAAUCAGGCCUUUCAGACAGUACCUUAGGAAAAAUCUGGGAUUUGGCCGAUCCAGAAAGGAAGGGCUUCUUGGACAAACGGGGUUUCUUUGUAGCGUUGAGGUUGGUGGCCUCAGCUCAGGGUGGCAACGACAUCAGUCUCAACAACCUCAAUCAGACUCUAGCAGCACCCAAGUUUAGAGACACAAAUACUCCGUUGCUCAGCACAUCACUGAGUACACCUUCAUCUGAUUCCCACUGGGCUGUAAGGUCUGAUGAAAAAAGGAAGUUUGAUGGCAUCUUUGAAAGUCUUCUACCAGUCAACGGUCUUUUGUCUGGAGACCAAGUUAAACCUGUCCUGAUCAACUCCAAACUACCCAUGGAUGUGUUAGGAAGGAUUUGGGACCUCGGUGACGUGGAUAAAGAUGGACACUUGGACAGAGAGGAGUUUUCAGUGGCCAUGCACCUGGUGUACAGGGCUAUGGAGAAGGAGCCUGUCCCUUCCGUCCUGCCCUCCUCCCUCAUCCCUCCAUCCAAGAGGAAGAAGUCUGCGGGGGCUCUGCCUGGCGCCGUCUCCGUCCUGCCUCCCUUGUCUGCCCUCUCAGGCCUGUCUGGUCUGUCUCGGACAGCCAGCUCUCCUCCCCUGCCCGGCGCUGUAGCGGCUCUGCCUGUCUUGUCUGGUCUGUCUCGGACAGCAAACUCUCCUCCUCUCAAAGACACCCUACACUCCACCCCAUCUCACAGAAGCAUCACCUCCAUCAACAGCGCUGGCAGUCUCUCUCCUAAACCUUCGUUCAAAGCCCCCUCACAGUCACCUGCAGUAGUGAACUGGGUGGUCCCGGUGGCAGACAGAGGACGUUACAAUGACAUCUUCCUGAAGACAGACACAGACAUGGACGGUCUUGUCACCGGAGGAGAAGUCAUGGAGAUCUUCAUGCUGUCCAACCUUUCUAAGACCAUGCUGGCACAGAUCUGGGGUCUGGCUGACACCAAGCAGACAGGAAAGCUGUCCAGAGAGCAGUUCUCUUUGGCCAUGUGGCUGAUCCAUCAGAAAGUCAUCAACGGAUUGGACCCUCCCCAGACCCUCUCCCCCGAAAUGAUACCCCCCUCUGAGAGGACCACCACCUCUGUUCUUGACAACAGCAGUUCUACAGAGUCAGCUGACCUGACAGGCAUCAAAGAGCUGGAUGACAUCAGUCAGGAAAUCGCCCAGCUGCAGAGAGAGAAGUAUACUCUGGAGCAGGACAUCAGGGACAAAGAGGAAGCCAUCAGACAGAAGAACAAGGAAAUUCAGGAGAUGCUAGAGGACCUGGACCAGGAGAGUGGUGGUCUGCAGGACCUGGAGGCCCAGAAGCAGGAUGCUCAGCAGCAGCUGGAGGAGAUGGACCAGCAGAGGAACAAGCUGGAGGGCAUGCUGAAAGACGUCCAUCUGAAGUGUCAGGAUCAGUCCACCCUGAUCUCAUCCUUACAGACCCAGAUCCACAGUCAGGAGUCUGACCUGCAGAGUCAGGAGACUGAGCUGAGUCGUACCAAGUCUGACCUGAACAAACUGCAGUUGGAGGAGAAGCAGCUAGAGCAGAACCUACUGACCGGACGCAUGCAGCUAGACUCGAUCAUCAAGUCACUCAAGGCCACCCAGGAUGAGAUCAACCAGGCUCGUAGUAAGCUUUCUCAGAUCCAGGACAGUCAACAGGAGGUGACUAAGACUAUAGAGCAAUACAACAACGCUCUGAACGGAACCCACAGCCAGACUCAUGCUGGCAGCAUGACCAACCUGGCAGACAUGAGCGAAGUAGGAUUCUCAGAGAGGGAGAAUGGAGAAUUUGGCGCCAGGAAUCAGGAGGACUCUUUCAAAUCGAGGAUAGCCAUGUUCAGCACCAACAAAUCAACACCAGAACCCCUUCCAGCAGCAGACCCCUUCCAGACAGAGGACCCCUUCAAAUCAGACCCCUUCAAAGAUCCAUUUGAAGCCGAUGAUCCCUUCAAAGAGAGUGAUCCAUUCAAGGGUGCUUCCUCAGACUUCUUCAAGAAAACGACCGAUGUGUUUGCCUCAGCAGAUCCCUUCAGUAGAAAACCUACUCCCCCCAUCAAGCCUGGUGGCAGUCUGUCGGGUAGCAGGAAUCUCUUAACCUCCCACAGCCCCCGGCCCAGCCCCAGCCCCAAGCCUACAGAUGGCUUCGGAACAGUGGACCCUUUCGGUGGCAACGCUUUUGGAGGAAAGAGUGGAUUCGCAGACUUCAGUCAAAUGUCUAAAAAGAAACCAGUCAACCCUGUGCUACCACCUAAGAACACACCUAACAGGCCUGCGCCUCCUUAUGGACUGGAAAGUGUCAAGUCAGGAAGUGAGUCAGAGCAGCUGGCGUGGGCGAAGAGGGAGACUCCGCCCACAGGAACAGGAGAGACUGGGGAGACUCCGCCCACAGGAACAGAAGGACCCGGACCUGGCCAUCGCCCUCAGCAAGGAUAAAAACUAAAAACCCUAUUAGACUCACGACAAUAACCACAGUCCUGUUAGACACUCACAACGACACACACAUCCUGACCACAGUCCUGUUAGACACAACGACACACACAUCCUGACCACAGUCCUGUUAGACACAACGACACACCUCCUGACCACAGUCCUGAUACAAGCUGAAUAAAACAAUGCAACUGACUGAUAUCAUACAGCACAACAAACAGCUUCACCACGAGCAACAGUUCCUCAACAGUCCAAAUACUACCGUCUGACUCGAGCCUGAGGACAGUGUCUCUUCGGACUAGACUACAACGCUUGUACACCCCCAAUAUAAACCAGAGUACACCCUGACAACAACUACAACUUCACCCUGACAACAACUACAACUUCACCCUGACAACAACUACAACUUCACCCUGACAACAACUACAACUUCACCCUGACAACAACUACAACUUCACCCUGACAACAACUACAACUUCACCCUGACAACAACUACAACUUCACCCUGACAAACAACUACAACUUCACCCUGACAAACAACUACAACUUCACCCUGACAACAACUACAACUUCACCCUGACAAACAACUACAACUUCACCCUGACAACAACUACAACUUCACCCUGACAACAACUACAACUUCACCCUGACAACAACUACAACUUCACCCUGACAACAGCCUCCCGCUGCAGCUCCGUGACGUUCUGACAACAGCCCCUCUAGACUGUGGCCCAAUCAUCCCCUAACCCCUGUGCCCAAAUUUGCCCCUAAACCCUGCGCCCAAAUCGGCCCCUAAACUCUGCGCCCAAAUCGCCCUAUGCUAAUCUGAGAGGAUUUGACAGGUGUAAGUAAUCUGGCAAUAGCUCCAGCGUGCUCUCUGAUAGGCUAGGUGGAAGUUUGACUAUAUUGCUUAUACCAAUCAAAUCCUCUCCGAUCUCUACAAGUGCAUAUGGUGUAGGGUUUAGGGGUCGAUUUUUGGAUUGGGCCUAGGACUUGAGGAUGGGAAGGCAGCCCCUCUACCGAUCCAGCUCCGCUGAAGCCAGACUUUAUCAACACUAACCUACCAAAGCCUCUCUUUUAACCUCUUUGUCAGCCUCAGUGGUUAAUUCCAGUUAGCUGCAUCACAACUAAAAUCAGCUGCAGCUCAGCUCCUUUUUUUUUUUUGCCCCGAUUUUAGUCCGACUUGACUGACUGACAGCCUAAAUCAAGAGUGACUUAACUCUGACUUGGCUAAGGUCAGGGGUCGUUCUGACUCUAGUAGACCCUGUAGUUCUUCUAUGGGGAGACUCUGGGUGCUUAACUUUGUUUUUGCUUCAUCAUUUGUUGUGAGGAAAUAGCCAAGAUUUUAACAUUUUUAUUUAAUUUUUAUUAUUUAUAUAGGGGAAAAAUCAUGCACUUGUGGUUUAUGAAGUAUCUGUAUAUGUACUAUUAUAACUGUUUAAUAUACCCUUAAAAACAUUCAUGCUAAAAGUCUGUUAUAGCGUACUCUUUUUCUGUCAGUAAGUGUGCUUGUGUUCAUGAUUUCUUGUUGAAAAUCUCCUUUUUCGUAAGGAAAUGUUUAGAUUAUGGAAAUACAGAUAUUCUUUGUUAUUUUCUUGUCUCGGGGGUUCUGUACUUUUAUUGCCUUCCACCCCAACAGAAGAAUGACAAAUUCAAAAACUCUCCUGCCUUAAAGGAUAUGGGGGGGGGGUGACCUUUCACCUCUCACUGUCAACAUUUAGAUUGUAUUUUUGUUGUAAUCUCUUAAUGCUAAACUCUAUAAUGCAUUCAGUGGGUUUAUUUUGACGUGUUUCAUCUGUUAUUGAUUUAUUCAACUAGGGCAUUAGAAUUACUACAUUUAUUUUAUAUUUAAUUCAUUUUCAGGAGAAAAUGUAUUGUUACACUCACAAGCACCACACUCAAUAAUCACUCAGUUUGAUCCUGGCCACUACCUGGCGCAAGGAUGUGCUAUCCUAAUGCCUUGUAAUUCACUGAUGAUAGGGGUUGUUUGGCACAUACAAUGUGUGUUUAUGACCUCCUAUGGUUGUCUCAAAUCGCACCCCUAUUCCCUAUAGGGGGCCCCUGGUUAAAAGUAGUGCAUUAUAUAGAGAAUAGGGUGCCAUUUGGGCUACAGACACAGUGUGUAUGUAUUUUCUGGGAACUCUGUGCUGCAGCUCAUUCUCCAGUGUUGACCUGAAGGAGUAUUGUAUUGGUCACACUGGGAUGCAUUAAGGAGUCAUGUCCACAAUGAUGUCUGUCUUAUCCACAACCACAAUGGCUCAUUUCAUGUGUAACAGUAUAUAUGAUUAUAAAUAUUCCAUCAAGGUUGAAAUAAUUCAAAUCCUGUGUAUAUCUUUGAAUAUAAAUAAAACCUCAUGUAACAUUCCA